AUUCACUAUAAACUUAAUAAAUAAGACAAAAACUACUGAGUUACUAGAACCACGGGAAUUAACAACUACCAUACCACAAACGGAAGGAUUUAGUACAACACUAAUAAAUGAGAACAAAACAACUGAUUUUCCAAGUCUCCCGGAAUUAACAACUACCACACCAAAAUAUAAAGCAUUCACUACAAACUUAAUAUAUGAGACCAUGAGUGCUGAUGUACCCAGUCUACUGGAAUUUACAAAUACCAGGCAACAACCUGAAGCACUAACUACAAACCUAAUAGCUGAGACUGUCAUUGCUGAGGUACCCAGUCUACUGAAAUUAACAACUACCACGCAACAACCUGAAGAAUCAACAACGAACUUAAUAACUGAGAGCAUGACUGCUGAGGUACCCAGUCUACGGGAAUUAACAACUACCACACCACAAAGAGAAGCAUUCUCUAAGAAUGUAGUAACUCAAACCAGAACUACUGAAGUGUUAGAACCACUGGACUUAACAACAACCACUCCACAACCUGAAGUAAUCACUAUAGACUUAAUAAAGGAGACCACGACUGCUGAGGUACCCAGUCUACUGGAAUUAAGAACUACCACAGCAGAACCUGUAGCAUUCACUACAAAUUUAAUAAACGAGACCACGACUGCUAAAGUACACACUCUACUGGGAUUAACAACUACAACACCACUACCUGUAUUCAAUGUAAACUUAAUGAAUGGGACAAAAACUACUAAGGUACUAGAAACGCUGGAAUUAACAACUACCAUACCACAAACAGAAGUAUUCAGUACAAGACUAAUAAAUGAGAACAAAACGACUGAUAUUCCAAGUCUCCUGGAAUUAACAGCAACCACACCACAACCUGAUGCAUUCACUACAAACUUAAUAUAUGAGACCACGACUACUGAUGUACCCAGUAUACUGGAAUUAACAAAUACCAGGCAACAACCUGAAGAAUUCACUACAAAAUUAAUAACGGAGACCACGACUGCUCAUGUACCCAGUCUACUGUUAUUAACAACUACCACACCACAACCUGAAGUAUUCGUUACAUUCACAAUAACUGACAAGAAAACUACUGAGGUAACAGAACCACUGGAAUUAACAAGUACCACACAACAACCUGAAGCAUUAACUACAAACCUAACAACUGAGACCGUCAUUUCUGAGGUUCCCAGUCUACUGGAAUUAAAAACCACAGCACAUUUUGAAGAAUUCACUAAAAACCAAAUAACUCAGACCAAAACUACUGAGGUACCAGAACCAAUGGUAUUGACAACUAAUAGACAACAACCUGAAGCAUUCAGUACAAUCCUAAUAAUUGAGAACAAGACAACUCAGGUACCCAGUCUACUGGAAUUAAGAACUAUCACACCACAACCCGAAUCAUUCACUAUAAACUUAAUAAACGAGAACACAACUACUGAGGUACCCAAUCUACUGGAAUUAACAACUACUAAACCACAACUUGAAUCAUUCUCUACAAACCUAAUAUCUGAGACCAAAACUACCGAAGUACUACAAACACUGGAAUUCACAACUAACACACCACAAUCUGAAGCAAUCUCUACAAAAUUAAUAAAUGAGACCACGACUGGUGAUGUAAUCAGUCUACUGGAAUUAACAACUACAACACCACAACCUGAAGUAUUCACUACAAACCUAAUAACGGAGACCAAAACUACUGAGGUACUACAACCACUGGAAUUAACAUCAACCACACCACAACCUGAAGAAUACACUACACACUUAAAAACUGAGACCACAACUGCUGGGGUACCCAGUACACUGGAAUUAACAACUACAACACCACUACCUGAAGUAUUCACUAUAAACUUAAUAAAUGAGUCAAAAAUUACUGAGGUACUAGAACCACGGGAAUUAACAGCUACUAUACCACAAACUGAAGCAUUCAGUACAAGACUGAUAAAUGAGAACAAUACAACUGAUGUUCCAAGUCUUCUGGAAUUAACAAUUACCACACCACAACCUGAAGCAUUCACCACAAACUUAAUAUCUGAGACCACAACUGAUGAUGUACCCAGUCUACAGGAAUUAACAAAUACCAGGCAACAACCUGAAGAAUUCACUACAAACUUAAUAACCGAAACCAUGACUGCUGAGGUACCCAGUCUACUGGAAUUAACAAACACCACGCAAAAACCUCAAGAAUUCACUACAAACUUAAUAACUGAGACCACGACUGCUGAGGUACCCAGUAUGCUGGAAUUAUCAACUAGCAAACCACAAUCCAAAGCAUUCACUACAAAAUUUAUAAAAGAGACCAUGACUGGUGAGGUACAAAGUCUACUGGAAUUAACAACUACCACACCACAACCUGAAGCAUUCACUACAAACUUAAAAAAUGAAACCAUGACUGCUGAGGUACCCAGUCUCCUGGAAUUAAUAUCUACCACACCACAACAUGAAGUACCCAAUUUACUGGAAUUAAAAACUAGAAAAUCAGAAUCGGAUGUCUCCACUAGAGGUGACAUAACUGAAACAACAAUGGCUGAGGUACCCAGUUUAUUGGAAUUAAUACCAACUGCAUCAAAACAUGAAAUAUUUAUCACAAACAUAUUAAAUAAGGUUACAACUUCUGAGGAACCCAGUGAACUGGAGUUAACAUCUAGCACACGACAACCUGGAGCAUUCACUACAAACCUAAUAAAUGAGACUACGAAUGCUGAAGAACCCAGUCCACUGGAAAUAGCAUCUAUCACACAACAACAUGAAGAAUUCACUACAAACUUAAUAACUAAGAUGACAAAUAAAGAGGUACCCAGUCUACUGGAAUUAACAUCAAUCACACCGCAUUCUGAAGCAUUCACUAAAAUUCUAAUAAAUGAGACCACAACUGCUGAGUUACCUAGUCCACUGGAAUUAACAUUUACCACACCACAACAUCAAGAUUUAACUACAAGCCUAAUAAAUCAGACCAUGACUACUGAGGUACCCAGUCUACUGGGAAUACCACCUACCAUACCACAACCUGCGGCAUUCACUACAAAUCUAAUACAUGAGUUCAAGACUGCUGAGAUACCUAGUGUACAGGAUUUAACAUCUACCAUACCACAAUCUAAGGCAAUUACUAGAAACCCAAUUAAUGAAACCACGACUGCUGAAGUAUCCAUACUACUAGAAUUAACAUCUACAAUAUCUCAACCCAAAGUUUCUCCCACAGGUGACACAUCAGACACAAUGGCAGCUGAAGAACACCGUCUACCUGAAUUUACAUCUACCACACAAAAAUCUGAAGAAUUUUCUACAAGCCUAAUAACACAGACCACAACUGCUGAGAUACCCAAUCUACUCGCAUUAAUAUCUACCACAGCACAACCUGAAACAUUCAACAGAAACGUAGCAGCAGAUAACACAACUCCUGGAAUACCCAGACUACUGGAAUUAACAUCUUCCACAACACAACCUGAAGAAUUCGUCACAAAUCUUAUAACUGAGACGACAGGUGAGGUACACAUUCUACCGAACAUAACAUCGACCAUGCCCGCAGAAUUCACCACAACCAUACAAAAUAAGAUCAUAUCAGCUGAGGUACCUAGUCUACUCGAAUUAUCAUCUACAAAACCACAACCGCAAGAACUGACUACAACCAUAAUAAUUGAGAACAUGACUGCUGCAAUAUCCAGUCUUCUGGAAUUUUCAUCUACCACACCACAACAUCAAGCAUUUACUACAGAACUAAUAACUGAAACCAAAACUACUGAGGUACCCAGACUACUGGAAUUAAGAUCUACCACAACACAACCUGAAGCCUUCACCACAAACUUAAUAAAUGCGAACACAACUGCUGAGGUACCCAGUCCACUGGAAUUAACGUCUACCACACCACAACAUGAAGAUUUAGCUACAAGCCUAAUAAGGCAGACAACAAUUACUGAGGUACCCAGUAUACUGGAAUUAACAUCUACCACAUCACAACCUGGAGCAUUCACUACAAACCUAAUAAAUGUGACCACGAUUGCUCAAGAACCCAGUCUACUGGAAAUAACAUCUGUCACACCACAACAUGAAGAAUUAACUACAAACUUUAUAACUGAGAUGACAAAUGAAGAGAUACCCAGUCUCCUGGAAUUAACAUCAAUCACACCACAACAUGAAGAUUUAGCUACAAGCCUAACAAAUCAGACAAUGACUACUGAGUUACCCAGUCUACUGGAAUUAACAAAUACCGCACCACCAUCUGAAGCAUUGACCACAAACCUAAAUACUGAGACCACGACUGCCGAGGAACCCAGUCUACUUGAUUUAACAUCUACAACACAAAAACCUGAUGAAUUCACUAUAAGACUAAUACAUGAGACCACAGGUGCUACAAUACCCAGUCUACUGGAAAUAACAAUUACCACACCACAACCUGAAGUAUUCAGAUACCCAACAAUUGAGACCACGACACCUGUUGUGCCCACUCUACUGAAAUUAACAACUACCAUACCAACAUCUGAAAUAUUCACUGCAAACCUAUUAACUGAGUCCACGACUGCUGAGAUACCCAGCCUAGUAGAUUUAAUAUCUACCACACAACCUGAGGAAUUCUCUAUAUAUGGUAGAACUGAGUCUAGAAAGGAUGAUAUACACAGUCUACUGGAAUCAACAUCUACCACAACACAACCUGAAGCAAUCACUACAAACCUAGUAACUGAGACCAAAACUACUGAGGUACUAGAACCACUGGAAUUAACAUCAACCACACCACAAACUGAACCAUUCUCUACAAUCUUAAUAAAUGAGACCACAACUGGUGAGGUACCCAGUCUACUGGAAUUAAAAACUACCACAUUACAACCUGAAGCAUUCACUGCACACAUAAUAACUGAGACUACGACUGGUGAGGUACCCACUCUACUGGAAUUAAAAAAUACCACACCAAUUUUUGAAGAAUUCACUACAAACCUAAUAACUCUGACCAAAACUACUGAGGUACCAGAAUCAUCAGAAUUAACAACUACCACACUACAACCUCAAGAAUUGACUACAAACAUAAUAACUGAGACAAGAAUUACUGAGGUACCCAGUCUACUUGAAUUAAUAUCUACCACACCACAACUUGAAACACCUAAUUUACUGGAAUUAAUAUCUACAAAAUCAGAAUCAGACAUUUCCACUAGAGGUGACAUAACUGAAGCAACAACGGCUGAGGUACCCAGUUUAUUGGAAUUAACACAAAUCGCAUCAAAACAUGAAAUAUUUAUCACAAAAAUUUUAAAUGAGAAUACAACUCGUGAGGUGCCCAGUCAGCUGAAGUUAACAUCUACCACACCACAACCUGAAGCAUUCACUACAAACCUAAUAAAUGAGACUACGACUGCUGAAGAAAACAGUCCACUGGAAAUAACAUCUAUCACACCACGACAUGAAGAAUUCAUUACAAACUUAAUAACUGAGAUGACAAAUACUGAGGUACCCAGUCUACUGGAAUUAACAUCUAUCACAUCACAACCUGAAGCAUUCACUACAAACCUAAUAAAUGAGACUACGACUGCUGAAGAAAACAGUCCACUGGAAAUAACAUCUAUCACACCACGACAUGAAGAAUUCAUUACAAACUUAAUAACUGAGAUGACAAAUACUGAGGUACCCAGUCUACUGGAAUUAACAUCUAUCACAUCACAACCUGAAGCAUUCACUAAAAGCCUAAUAAAUGAGAUCACGACUGCUGAGUUGCCUAGUCCACUGGAAAUAACAUCUACCACACCACAACAUGAAAAUUUAACUACAAGCCUAAUAAAUCAGACCAUGACUACUGAGGAACCUAGUUCACUGGAAUUAACAACUACCACACCACAAUCUGCGGCAUUCACUUCAAAUCAGAUAAAUGAGACCACGACUGCUGAGAUACCCACUGUACAGGAAUUAACGUCUACCAUACCACAAUCUGAGGCAUUUACUAGAAACCUAAUUAAUGAAACCACGACUGCUGAAGUACCCAUACUACUAGAAUUAACAUCUACAAUAUCUCAACCCAAAGUUUCCCCCACAGGUGUCACAUCAAAAACAAUGGCAGCUGAAGAACACGGUCUACCUGAAUUUACAUCUACCACACAAAAAUUUGAAGAAUUUUCUACAAGCCUAAUAAAUCAGAUCACAACUGCUGAGAUACCCAGUCUACUUGCAUUAAUAUCUACCACAACACAACCUAAACCAUUCAACACAAACGUAGCAGCAGAUAAUACAACUCCUGGAAUACACAGACUACUAGAAUUAACAUCUGCCACACCACUACCUGAAGAAUUCGUCACAAAUCUUAUAACCGAGAUGACAGGUGAGAUACCCAUUCUACUGAAAAUAACAUCUACGACUCCAGAACCCACAGAAUUCACCACAAGCAUAACAAAUGAGAUCAUGUCUACUGAGGUAUCUAGUCUACUGGAAUUAACAUCUACAAGACCACAACCGCAAGAUCUUACUACAAACCUUAUAACUGAGACCACAACUGCUGGGAUAUCCAGUCUUCUGGAAUUAUCAUCUAUCACACCACAACAUCAAGCAUUCACUACAAAUUUAAUAACUGAAACCAAAACUACUGAGAUACCCAGUCUACUGGAAUUAACAUCUACCACACCACAUCCUGAGGCAUUCACUACAAACCUAAUAAAUGAGACAACCACUGCUGAGGUACCUAGUCCACUGGAAUUAACAUGUACCACACCACAAAAUGAAGAUUUAGCUACAAGCCUAAUAAAUCAGACAAUGACUACUGAGGUACCCAGUCUACCGGAAUUAACAACUACCACACCACCAUCUGAAGCAUUUACCAUAAACCUAAAUAAUGAGACCACAACUGCUGAGGAACCCAGUCUACUUGACUUAACAGCUACCACACUAAAACCUGAUGAAUUCACUAUAAGCCUAAUACUUGAGACCACGGCUGCUGCGAUACCCAGUCUAUUGGAAACAACAUCUACCACACCACAACCUGAAGCAUUCACUACAAACUUAAUGACUGAGAACAUGACUCCUGAGGUACCCAGUAUACUGGAAUUAACAUCUACCAAAACACAACCUGAAGCAAUCACUACAAAACCAGUAAAAGAAAGCACGACUGCUGAAGAACCCAGACUACUGGAAAUAACAUCUAUCACACCACAACAUGAAGAAUUCACCACAAACUUAAUAACUGUGAUGACAAAUCCUGAGGUACCCAGUUUAUUGGAAUUAACAUAUACCACAACAGAACAUGAAGCAUUCACUGCAAACCUAAUGACUGAGAACAUGACUGCUGAGGUACCCAGUCUACUGGAGUUAACAUCUACCACACCACAACCUGAAGUAUUCACUACAAAUCCAAUAAAUGAGAACAUGACUGCCCAGUUAUCCACUCUACUGGAAAUAACAUCUAUUACACCACAACAUGAAGAAUUCACUACAAACUUUAUUACUGAGAUGACAAACACUGAGGUACCCAGUCUGUUGGAAUUAACAUCUAACACAACACAACCUGAACCAUUCCCCACAAAGUUAAUGACUGAGACUAUGACCACUGUAGUACCCAGUCUACUUGAUCUGCAAUCUACCACACCACAACCUGAAGUAUUCACCCCAGGGGAUAUAAAUGAGACCACUAUUCCUGAUGUGCUGAAUCUACUGGAAUUAUCAGACACCACAUCAUAUCCUGAAACAUUCACCACAACACUCUCAUAUGUGAACUCAACAUCGAACGUACCGGGACUACUGAAACUGUCGACAACCGCACCACAUUCCAAAGACUUUAUAAGAAAGGUCAUAAAUGAGACCGAAAGUGCUGAAUUACCGAGCAGCCUGGAAUUAACAACAGUGAGAUGGGAUUCUGUACCAUUUAAUACAACACAAAUAAUUGAAUCUACAACUGUUGUAUCAUCCAGUCUUCCAGAAUUUAUACACAUCACAUCACAAACUCAUUCCCUCACUUGUGGAGACCUAAUUUUAUCCACAGAUACUGGAACAUCACCUGGAAUAGGAUCCACUUCCGUACAACACCCUGAACCGAAUUCCACAGCAGUAAUAUUGGACGCCACAACAAGUGAACUGAGUGUGACAAAUUCCUCGCCGCUCUAUGAUCUUGCUUACAAGAUGGGCCUAAGUGAAGUCAAAUCUGUGGAGUCAUCUAGUAGAUUGGAUAUGGGAAGUUCUGCACAGCAAUCUGAUCCGUUUCUCUCAGUAGGCGUUCUUCGGAAUUCAUCUGGUAAUUCGUCCAUUGGACUGGAAUUAGCACAGUUCACAGCACAAUCAGUAGUCUCUCCCUCAAGUGUUGGCACAACUGGAAGUACUUCACCUGGAAUCGAAGUAACAACUGCCACUCCACCGACAGGAUUCUUUUCCCCAAAUGUUGGCACAACUGUGAGUAAUUCAAGUGGAAUGAGAGUAACAAAUGCCACUCCACAAACAGGAUUCUUUUCCCCAAAUGUUGGCACAACUGUCAGUAAUUCAGGUGGAAUUGGAGUAACAAAUGCCACACCACAAACAGGAUUCUUUCCCCCAGAUGAUGGCACAACUGUCAGUAAUUCAGGUGGAAUUGGAGUAACAAAUGUCACUCCACAAACAAGAUUUUUUUCCCCAAAUGUUGACACAACUGUCAGUAAUUCAGGUGGGAUUGGAGUAACAAAUGCCACUCCACAAACAGGAUUCUUUUCCCCAAAUGUUGGCACAACUGUCAGUAAUUCAGGUGGAAUUGGAGUAACAAAUUCCCCUCCACAAACAGGAUUCUUUUCCCCAAAUGUUGACACAACUGUCAGUAAUUCAACUGGAAUAGGAGUAACAAUUGCCACUCCACCAACACGAUUCUUUUCCCCAAAUGUUGGCACAACUGUGAGUACUUCAAGUGGAAUGGGAGUAACAAAUGCCACUCCACAAACAGGAUUCUUUUCCCCAAAUGUUGGCAAAACUGUCAGUAAUUCAAAUGGAAUGGGAGUAACAAAUGCCACACCACAAACAGGAUUCUUUCCCCCAGAUGAUGGCACAACUGUCAGUAAUUCAGGUGGAAUUGGAGUAACAAAUGUCACUCCACAAACAAGAUUUUUUUCCCCAAAUGUUGACACAACUGUCAGUAAUUCAGGUGGGAUUGGAGUAACAAAUGCCACUCCACAAACAGGAUUCUUUUCCCCAAAUGUUGGCACAACUGUCAGUAAUUCAGGUGGGAUUGGAGUAACAAAUGCCCCUCCACAAACAGGAUUCUUUUCCCCAAAUGUUGACACAACUGUCAGUAAUUCAACUGGAAUGGGAGUAACAAUUGCCACUCCACCGACAGGAUUCUUUUCCCCAAAUGUUGGCACAACUGUCAGUACUUCAACUGGAAUGGGAGUAACAAAUGCCACUCCACAAACAGGAUUCUUUUCCCCAAAUGUUGGCACAACUGUCAGUAAUUCAGGUGGGUUUGGAGUAACAAAUGCCACACCACAAACAGGAUUCUUUUCCCCAGAUGAUGGCACAACUGUCAGUAAUUCAAGUGGAAUGGGAGUAACAAGUAACACAUCGCAAUCAGGAUUCUUUCCUGCCCUGUACAACAAGACGAAACAGGUUCUUACAUCAAGUAUUGACUUCGUGACCAAAGCGCCGAAACCCCCAACCAAUAUAACUUCAGCUGGCGUGCCCAAUUACACUUCCAGACCUGAGUCACCGGUCCUCCCUCCGCUUCCAUUUAAAUGGAAAGCCAACAAACGGACUCAAGUGUUUCGAUGCCGGCGUCCUGGACGCUUUCCAUCACAGUCCAGUUGUACCAAGUACCAUGUUUGCCGUCGGGGCCGGGGUCGACUCUUUCACACCGAGGAGAGAUGUCCUCCUGGUCACGGAUUCAGUUCCCGUCUUAGGUUCUGUGUCCCCAGUCGUCUUUUAUCCGAGUGCAAAGCGGAUCGGAACUCUGAUGACCGGAUUUCAAGUAAGAUUGGAGAAGAUACAAUGAGGAGAUGGUUACAUAAGAGGAGAAGGAAACAGGGAACAAGGGGAGGGUGAAUGAAAAUACAUUGACAUGUCACGUGUCCUAGGAUCCGUGACUAAUAAUAACGGGUUCUGGAUUGGAUGAUUAGAUUUAUUAACAUCUUACAUAAUCUACUCGUACUUAAAAGCGAUACAGCGCUACCGCUGCUUUACGCAAUUUACAGUUCACCUUUACAUACGCACUAGGAUUAUCCGUCCUCACGGGUCGUAUUCUCGCAACGGGAUUAAAGCAGUCUCACUGUUAUUAAAUCUUCUAAUCCUCAGAGGCUGACUUGUAAUUCUUCAAAUACUAAUUUCCCAUGGUUAUCUUCUACCGACAACUCUCAUUCUCGCAUUCCGACUGCUCACUUGAAUUCCGUGUUAUAUACCUUCGGGUCGGACCUCACGGAAAACAUGUGUCAUGUGUCACUGGCCCAUUACCCAGCAUUGGGCAAGGCGCAGACCACAUAUAAAACAUCUUUCAUUAUUGUCGCGUAAUGUUGUACGUAUUACCAAGCAACGGGCUUUUUACCAAGAAUCUGUCUCCGUGGGAUCGUUGCUUAGCAGUGGAUCGAUACGCCAUAGAAGGAUAAAAUGAGAUGUGCCUAAAUAAUGGUGGAAGAAAAUACGUGGAAUUUAUUUUUAUGUUUAGUUUUGUAUCAUAAAAAUUCUUAUAUGAAAUAAAGAAAACUAA